GCACUGCAUCUACUCAGAUGUGGUGCAGAUCCGAAUCUUGAAGAUAGAAACGCAGAGGUUGCUCUCUUCCAUGCCACCAGGAAAAGCAAUGUACAGAUGGUCGUUGCAUUAUUGGAGCAUGGGGCAGACCCGAAUUCUUUGAAUAAAGAACACGAGUCUCCUCUCUUUCUCGCAGCAGGCCAAACUGACACGGAAAUUCUGAAGUGCCUUCGACGCUUCAAGGCAGACCCGAGAAUCGAGAACAAGUACAUGCAAAGCCCUUUGUUCCCUGCGUUUAGAAAUGGAAACUGUUCAGUCAUCGACGAAUUGGUCGACAUGGGCCUGGAUGUUGAUAAAACAGAUGAUAAGGGCAACACGCCGCUCUUUUACGCUGCUGAGAGUGGUAAGGAAUAUGCAGUACAAGCCCUCUUGGCGAAAGGAGCAGAUAUCGCAUCGAAAUCUGCGCCAGGAGACAGCUCUCUUCUCUGCAGCUCGAUUCGGGCGGAUUUCAAUUGUCAAGCUCAUGUUGGAAAACAACGUUGAUCCAGACCCAAAAAAUAUCGAUAUGAAAACACCACUGCUAUGCGCUGCAAAGGGUCUAUGCCCUUAUUCCCCACGACGUGAAGACUGGGACGUUGCGAAAAAUAGCAGGGUCGUAUCACUUCUUGAUGCCGAUGCCGAUGCUAACCCUCAGCGUUCUUUGGACAGUAAAAGUUCUACCUCAGAAAAUCAGCUUCUGGCGCCGUUGUUGUAUACAGUCAAAGGAGGAUACUCUGACUUGAUUAAGGCCCUUUUGAAUAAGGGGACACAGGUCUACCUUUCUCCAAGGCAGCGUGCAGAUAUCCCAGCACUCGUGAUUGUGGCAGCAAAGUCAGGAAAGAAGGAUAUAUUGGAAUUCCUGAUGGUGGAGCAUUCAGUCUCUCCAGAAACAAAAAGCACGGCGCUACUAUUUGCAAUGUCUAACAAAGAAGUUGAGACUGCACGCUUCCUCUUACACCACGGAGUAAAGGCAACUCUGCUCACUGGCAAGGCUCAAUCUGCCCUUCAUUUUGCUGUGUUUUGUGGAGACAAGAGAACCGAGUGGUCCACAACAACAAUAUUCCAAUCACCGAGACAAACCGAGACAAACCGAGGCCGAUAGACUCAUGUUGAGACUAAGCAAACUUCUUCAUCACAUCCAUGUGAUUUCAUGGGUAAG